GCAUUCUGAAAGCAGAUACAAUAACAAUCAGCCGUGGUCACAGGGAUACAUUGUGCGGGAUCUGCAGACAUGGUGUCACCCGUCACAGUGGUCAAGUGUGAGGGGCCGAAGCUGGUUCCAUUUUUCAAGGCCACCUGUGUUUAUUUUGUACUGUGGUUACCAACCUCCAGCCCGUCCUGGUUCAGCGCCCUGAUAAAGUGUCUGCCUAUCUUCUGCCUGUGGGUAUUCCUGCUGGCCCACGGUGUCAGUUUCCUAGUCAGUCACAGCAGUGCCAAGAGGAUCUUUGCAGGAUUAAUAUUCUCAGCCGUCGGAGAUGCCUUUCUCAUCUGGCAGGAACAGGGAUACUUUGUUCACGGUUUGCUGAUGUUUGCGAUCACCCACAUCCUCUACUCUGCUGCCUUCGGGAUGAAACCCCUGGACCUCCGGACCGGCGCUGUGAUUGGCCUCAUAUCCAGCUUCCUAUACACGUUUCUGUAUUCUUACCUCUCCGGCCCUUUUACUUACUUGGUAGCUGUGUACACAGGCCUCAUCGCUUUCAUGGGAUGGCGGGCCGUGGCCGGAGUGCAGCUGUGCAAUGACCUAUGGACAUGGACCAAGCUGUCGGCAUGUAUCGGCGCUGUGCUCUUCAUCGUGUCCGACCUCACUAUCGCCGUCAACAAGUUCUGCUUCCCCGUCCCCUGCUCCAGAUCCAUCAUUAUGGCGACUUACUAUGCAGCCCAGAUGCUGAUUGCCUUGUCAGCCGUGGAGUGUAGAGAUGAUGACGAUUAUAGGAAGAAAAAGUAGGAGAACCCUGGACUAGUUUGGAGAAUUGGGCACAUCCCCCCCUCCCCCCCAGAGAUCUGUCGUCUCCAGUGCAUUGAUUGUGAUUUUGCUUCUUGGAAGCAGUGGCACCUGCUUUAACUCUGGUUUGUUGGUCGUAUGUGGUUAACUGACCGAUGCCGGUAACGCCAACCAGGAAAGGUCCUGCUCAUUACAUUGCUUGAGGCUGGGUCUGUGUGAUGCUUCUCCGCACUAUGUUCUGUAUGUGAUGCACAUCCUAUAACAUGUAUGUACUCUAGAGGGCUGUAUACAGCAGUAGGAGCUGUGUGACGGGUACCAGUCACUAUACACGGUGCCAUUCCUGUAGUGAGGUCUCACCCACUGCCCACUGUCUAUUUAUAGAACGCACCCCGCCAUCUGCAGGAAAUGGCGCUCGCUGCUUCCCCAAUAUAGAUUUCACUGGCUGGCUGUCUUGUAGGCCUUGGCGUCUGUCUGUCUGCGGCUUGGGACGGCCUGGGAGUAUUAAUGACAGAGGUCACCUCUAUACUGCGCUUACACAUAUAACUCUGGUGCUUUUUGGUGCAGUCUGGAAACUGCGCUCGGGAGUUUGUUCCUAUUAUGCAGGGACUGGUUCCAUGUGCUGUGAUGGUUUGAAGAUCGGGGUCAGUAAGCUACUCGUGAGAUCACUACAGGGUACCUGAAUAGAGAUGGUUGGCUUUGAUGCCAUCGGUGGCUGCUGGUCUGUGUGGGACUACAAAGCACAGCAUACCCUGCCAGCACUACGUGCGUUGCGGAACCACAGUCUCAACCAGCGUCCUCACUCCAUGCGCAUGCCAUACAUUCUGGCAAUGGUAAUAUCCAGAUCAUUAUACUCAUCGACAGUAUCUCUCAUAACACAUGGGGGGGCGCUGCUGCUUCUCCCGCCUGCGGCCCAUUUUAUUUCACACAAUUGCCAUUCCUUUAUUUCAGAACGCAAAUGACGCUUCUCCUGAUUCCGUCACGUAAAAAAGAAAAAUAUAAUGAAAUCAUUGUCAUUGUAAAUAUAUUCCUUUGAAGUUGGUGGACUUCAAUUCCUACGUAACUAUACUAUAUUAUACAGUACAGUGAGGAUACAGCUUCACAAUGGACAUUUCCCCUAAUUGGGUGACCUCUUAUAUACUUUCCUUUUUUUUUUUUUUUUAGACUUUAGUGUUUAUUACUUAGAUAUUAUUUCAUGGUUUGAACUAUUAUCUUUAGACCUCUGAAAUGUGCAAAAAUGGCCAUAAACUUCCAUCAAAUAGUAUUCAGCACCUAGGAUCUGACAUACAUAUAUAUAUAUAUAUAUAUAUAUAUAUAUAUAUACAUAUAUAUAUUAAGUAUGAUUCUGCUUUAAUCAGUAUUUGGAAUUGGAAUCCAUUUGAUGAUAAAUCUGUGUUUCGCAGGAUAAUGUGAAAGGUUUGUACCUUGCAUGGUCCGUAAGCCAAAAUUGUACGUAAUUAAUGAGGUCGUUACUUCUAGAAAACCUGCAACGUAUUACUCGGACUUCCUGCAAUGUAUUCUUACAUCUGGUGCUGCAUUUGGCUUCUGCUGCAAACAUAUAGAAAUUCCAAUAGGUUUAAGUAUUGAUUUUAAGAAGCAGCAGAGACAUGGUCAGUUGUACAGACACAUGUAAAGGUCUUUCUUCUCUGCAGUGGAGAAAGCCAUUUUGGGGGCUAGCCCACAUGCCUCCAAACUGCCCUGAUUUAGGCAGCAAGAGAGCCCCUGUUCCAGAAGGUGGGAGGUGGGUCACGCUAAGUCGAUUCCCAGAGCCAAUCCCAUCGCUGGUACCUUCCGCAAAGUCGGCGACUGUGAGGUGUGUGUGACAUUGAAGGGUAUUUUUUUGGGGGGUGAGUUAGGGGUGGUCUUUAGAAGAGGAAUGUGGCAUGCCCCAAAACUGACGUGGCCAUGCUUCCAUGUUGCACAUUGCACAUGCUGAUUGUCACCAUUACUGGGUAUUAGGACGAAUGGUAUUACUGGGAAUGCAGCCUAUCAAUUCACAGCUGGUUCCUAGUGACCUGAUAGGCUGAUUCAGCUCACAAAAUGGCUGCUGCAGUUUUGUGCAGGUGAGUGACAGUCUUCAUGGCGCAAGUAACCCACAAUAAACCAGUCAGUCUUUAUUCUCAUUUCAUUAGUCUUAGCCGCACAAGAUCAAACCUGACGUCUGAUUGGUCUUUGUGGGUGUGACAGGCCUCACGUUAUUGAGUAAUACGUGUCUCCUUUUAUGAGUGUCUUAAUGAAUCACUAGCUUGGACUCUUAAAAAGUUACUUGAGAUCUUAUUGUGACAUUAUAACUGCAGUACUGAUUGUUAUAUAUUGCUUUUUACCACUCUUGUGUUUCUUUGUCAUUGAUAUAUAUAUAUAUAUAUUUGUUCAUUUGUAUGACACAGUUAUUUAUACAUGUGUCAUCGCUAUUCGUGGCAUCACAAGGCUUGCUUAGUCAUGUGAUCCUCCGCACCAUGCCAUAUUCCAGAAAUGUAUCUCUUAACUACUGAAAAGGAUUAGAGGUCAGUAAUAAUGACGCUGACAAUGUGGCUGUAAAUACCAUUAUAUCAUGGCAUGAUUGCUGCUUAGGCCUAGAUGCCCCUGGCAGCACAUGCAGCACCAUGUAACUAGGGCAGGCCCUACUCAGGUGUAGUAUAACGGUCGUCACAGGCAAUCUUCAUUUAUGUCAAUAAAGUUGGGGAGAUUUUGAUUUCCUUAUGCAGAGCGGUAACUAGGGCGUAAUUAUAACAUCUAUGUAAACGAGUGACUUUGUUUUUCGUGAUACAUUACGAAAGCUUAAAAAGAAGUUUCCAUUUGGUUUUUAUAAUGAUGUUUUGUCACAUUUAUUCCUGUCUGCUCUCUGGCUCUGUUUGCUAUCUCCGUUGCAUAUAUCGGGGAUGGGGGAAGGAGGGGGCUCAAUUAUAAGUGGAAGCUGCCGGAUCGGGUCCCGCUGGCUUCCACAUGUGAUUUACAGGAGGUAGGUCGUGCUUGCAGCCUAUAGACGCAAUAAGUGUCAGAUAAAGCGCACCACUGCUGAAUCAGCUCCUGACGGCCAUGUUACAGGCUGUGUUUGAAAAAUGACAUUUGGGAGCUGAUUGGUUGGUACUUUAUCUCCGUCCACUUUAUCUCUCUCCGCAGCUUAAUACAUCUGCCGGUGUUUAGGCCCCCCCAACCAGCUAGGAUUGCCUAGUGGUAGCUCCGGCCUGUCUCGCUUGUAAGUCACCGAUAUAACAGCGCCCUCUCGCUUUCUCCUUUCUGAGGCUCAUUUAUGCCUGUGCAAGACAGGGAAAGCCACGGUAAAUGCUCUCUGGUGACAAAUUGCUACUUUUCUUGAUUUUCUCGAACCCGCAUAAAAAUGGCGGCCUCAAACCAAUGGGCAAAUCGGGAUGGGCCAGUGUAGCAACCAAGUGGGCAAAAUUAGAUUUCAUUCUGUGGAACGGGAACAUGUAACUGAGCCAGUGGGGAUGGAGAAGGCGCAGAUUUUCCAGGUGUCCCGGCCAUAACGUGGGGACGUUACAACGUUACAGGAGGCUGCUCUGCUACUGUAAGGCUGUAUUUACAGAAGCAGGAGAGUGGCGAAGGGAGCGCAGUAGGGAAUGGCCAUCAGAAAUGGAUGGCACGCAAUCCUCAAUGAUUCCGAUUGGAUGGAAAUGAUUAUACCAUUAGAUUCCAGGGUUGUGGUGGGUACAGAUUGCCCAGGCCCGGACUGUCUGAGGGGCUUAUCUAAACCUGGGAGGAGUAGCAUAACCCCCUGUCACACGCACAUUACUAUCAAUAUGUAGUAUUGUGAGAGGGGGGAAUAGCCACGCCUCCAGGAUCGGCCACACCCCAACAUCAGCAUUAGCAAAUGAAUCAGCUACAGAGACAAGAAGCAAAACAACAAAUAGAAAUGAAAUGUCAAAUGGUUUAUUCCAAAUUACGUCACAGAUUAGAGAUAUUCCUUUUUUUAUUACAUCUGUUGCCCUGGAAAUCAGCAUUGGGGAAAUUGGUCCUCCCAUUGUGCCAGACACAGUGUGAUUUAUUACAAAUGUUUUAUUACCGCUUGGAAUGAGAAAAAAAAAGAAGUAAUUUAAAAGGAUGUUUUAAGGCUAUGAAAGAACAUUACAAUGCAUUAUGGAAAGUCAUUUUAAAUAAUUAAACUUUAAUAGACCGUUGUGUUUUCCGAAUCAUCAGCUUCGUUCAGCUCGGCCUCUGAAAACUGUGAAACGCUGGAAUUAUGGUGGCAACUAACUUUGCUGACACGUUCACCUCACCUCCGGCGGUUCCGCUGCGCAGUUAUUGCCGCAUUAUUCUGUAUGUGUCGCAGUAUUAAACUUUUCUAUUCUUCUUUAUUGGGUUUUACAUUUCCAACUUAUAUAAAUGACUGUGUGUAAUAUUAAGAAUUCUUGAGUUUCAAGUAUGUUUUAUAUUCUCGUAUUAUCUAUCCCUGAACAGCGCAGACAUUUAUGGAUUAAAAUAUGACGCAAGUCAAUCAUUGAAGGUGAUGGUGGGUUAAUAAACAACUCAGUAUUUAUUGUAGGGUUUCUAAGACAUAUUAGAUAGAUGGACGGACGGACAGACAGAUAGAAAACUGGGCAUUUGAAAACCCAGUCCCACAAAUGCACCAUCAGAGGACGCCCUGUUCCUCACUGCCGCCCUGUGCGCUGCCAAUAAAUAAGGGCACACACAAUGCAAUACAUAAAUGAACGUUAUUUUCCUAAAAAAAUCAUUGGUGGGUUUAUUGUAUGUGAGGGAAGCUGGGCCUUUGAGAUGGAUAUUAGGGUUGAAUUGCAUUUCUCAAUUACUUUAUUUUUGCUCAUUUUAACCUUGGCAGCUGCUGGCGCCGCUCGCUCUCUGCGACUCCGGUUUCAGGGUUAAGCACUUUUUCCACAGAAGAGUUUAGAUAAGUUUAAAGCAGGACAGGCUCAAUAGCUCUAUGGUGUUGGGUGUCAGGUCAGAGACAUUACUUUCAUCCAAUGCUACCGUGUCAUUGAGACGCACUAAUAUAAGCUAUAAAAAGAGAAUAUAAAUCCCUCUUACUUAAGAAACCGUUGCUGUAAACGUGUAAGUAAAAGUGAUAGGUGCCCCACUGUGAGCGUAAACAGGCGGCUGCCCCAUGCGUACUCAGUUAUUACGUUACAGUCACCUGUUCCACCAGCGGAUUAUUGCAGCAAGUGCAGAACACGUGGUGCAACGCUGUGAUCAGUCACCAUCCCUCCUCCUAAACAGUGGCGACACGCCUCCGUUUCCUACCCCAAACCCCCGAAACAGAAUCAGAAUGUCAAUCACCGGCAGUCUGAUGCCGGGCUGCGUAUUACGUCGCAGGACUCGUUCACAAAUGCGCAGAACAGCUCCUGCGCGUGCGCAAAAUACCGAUAGCCUGUAUUUUGUGCAUAAUAUCACGCCUCUAACCACAUCUGAAUAACCCCCAAUCUGCUCCCAAAAUCACAGAUGUUACAUACAUGCUGUAGCCGUGUCAAAAUUUCCACCGCGGCAGUUCUGCCACUCAAGAGUUAAUAGUAAAAGCCAGAGUCGCAUUUUGAAGAUGAAAGCUAAUGAAAUGCAAACAAAGUUGCAAAUUAAAUUAUAUUACUGUAGAUUAUAUGACCGUAAAUGACGACCAAGUUCAAUUAAGUCACAUCUGUUGUUUUCAACCUUAAAAAUGAAACGGGAAUCUUUUUCUGCCUGCAGUAGUCCGAAUGGAAAUGUCUGUUCAGUCUAUUUAAUAGAUGGCCGCAGCGUCGUAUAAUAUAGCUGUCAGAGGCGAUCGCACAAGUGAGAUGCCUUCUCAUCUCACUGCGGCUGCUGCGCAUGCGCACACCUCACUGGGCUACAGCGUUUGACCGCUGCCGCUGCAGCGUCCAGGUCUGAAUUAGGCCUUAGGAUAGCCGGGCUGUUCCGCCUCUUCGCUCACCAGUUCCAUCACUUUGCAAGGAGUAAAUCAGAGUGAAUAUAGACUUGUGUCCAGUAUUAUUGGUACACUUGUGAAGUACGGAAAUACAUGUAAUGCGCAAUAAUAGAUACGUAUGUCUUACUCUACAUGGACCUAUCUGCCGGUUAUGACAAGACAAGAGGGACCUCUUCCUAAGGAUCCACAAACAUUUACAGUAGCAGAGCACAGGGUUUGCUUUCCCGGAUUUUGGAAGUAAAGUGUGAAUAUGACAAUUUUGUACAGUUUGUAUCUUUACAGCUAUAUGCCUGGACAGGUUAUGGCAGUAGUGCUCUAACUAAGGUCAGAAAAGACACGCAAGCUUCCCAUAGACAACUACAGCACCAGCACUACAGCUAUAGUAAGCAGAAGAGCACUGCUUCUAUCUAUAAAUAUAUGCAUUGCAAACUAUUAUAGGGUGUGCAUUUUGGGGUUAGUGGGGCGACAGGAGGAGUCCAUCGCAAUUGUUUUAGUGGUUUGAAGAGAGGGUCAUAGUUGAAUAGUAACAAGCUCUGGAAUUAACAUGUGAUAAGUUUAUUAGAAGACCCUGAACAAUUCCGUGACCACUUACAGACACAGCGCACCAUUCAACAGGGAACUGUAAUAGCUGUAUAAUAUAAUGUAUAAUAGUGUUAUGUUUUUUCUCUUAAUGUUUCAUAAUAAAUAUUGCAGAGAUGUCAUCACUAAAUAACAUUUACGCAGCUCUAUCUUACAGGAGGUGCAUUCCUCUGAUAUGCCUAUCUCAGGGUCACUGGUGGUGUUACUAUAUUUUACUAUACACAGUUUUAGCUGGAGCGUAUUCUGUACUGUCUGGCAUUCUAAUUGAUCAAUAGCUCAAAUCUGCUGCAAGGACCAGUAUCAGGAAAAUUCAUGUGUGAUCUGUGGUUUUAUUAUGUGAAAUCCGCUGAAUGUGACUACACAGUAAUUCACUAAGCUGUUGGCUAACUUAACACAGGACCAUAAUUGCAGCAGACUAUGAUGGUCAUUCCGAGUUGCGAAGCUUUUCAGCCGCACUGCUGGCCGCAGAGUGAUUGACAGGAAGUGGGCGUCUCUGGGUGGCAACUGACCAUUUUCAGGGAGUGUUCGAAAAAAAAACGCAGGCGUGCCAGGAAAAACGCAGGGCGUGUUUGUGACGUCAAAACAGGAACUGUAUGGUCUGAAGUGAUCGCAAGCGCUGAGUAGGUUUUGAGCUACUCUAAAACUGCACAAAAAAAUUAUGCCGCCGCUCUGCGAUCCUUUCGUUCGCACUUCUGCUAAGCUAAAAUACACUCCCAGUGGGCGGCGGCAUAGCAUUUGCACGGCUGCUAAAAACUGCUAGCGAGCGAUCAACUGGGAAUGACCACUUAUGGGAGUAAUUCAGAGUUGAUCGCAGCAGCAAAUUUGUUAGCAGUUGGGCAAAACCGUGUGCACUGUGCACAAAUCUAACUCUCUCUGUAAAUGUUAUAUAUUGCCACACCUGCAGUGCACAUGGGGGGUAAUUCAGACAUGAUCACUAGUCCGAACCUGCCACGUCGCUCAAGUACAAAAGCAUCACACGGCGGCGAUGCUUUUGUACUUGAAGAGUAGCUCCCCACCAGCAAAGCUCCAGCGCGCUGGCAGGGAGCUACCCGUCGCUGUGACGGUUGCAGCUGCUGCAUUUGACGCCACACAGCCGCCGUGGCCCGGCCCCCCAACAGUCCAGGCACGCCUGCGCUGCCCAGACCGCGCCCCCAAAACGGCAGCCAAACUCCGCCGGCCUGCCCCCUCCCACCCAGCGACCGCCUCUGCCUGAUUGCAGUGCUGAGACAGCCGUCGGCUGUCUGGCAUGCGCUGGCACACUGCGGCGUCGGCGCAUGCACAGUUCAGACCUGAUCUCGAAAACGCACAGCAGCGUUCAGGUCUGAAUUAGGCCCACGGUUUUGCCCAACUGCUAACAAAUUUGCUGCUGCGAUCAACUCUGAAUUACCCUUUAUCUUAGGUAGAAGGACGAAACCGGACACACGCCAUCAGGCCUAACAACAUAAUUAACUGACGGUGCACACGUUUACUUACAGUUAGUAAAUAGCUUUAAACAUUGACAAAAUGUAACAUUACAUACAGUCGGGAUCAGUUACAAAUGGAAUCAUUUCGAAUUACUUUCUUAAGAAGAGCAUGUAAAAUGCUCCAGGCCUUUAACAUUGUAAACUGAAGCAUAAAUAGACAGUAUUGACCUUAUGUAACAGCCUAUGAGAUGCCAGCAAAAUCCAUGCGAGUAAGCCCAUCUUUUUAAAGUGGCAAUAAUGUAAAUGACAAAACCAAGCUGCUUUAGCCUUUUAAAUUGCUGGCGCUUUAAAAAUAUGGGCAUAAGGCCUUACUGUAUAUAGGUUUCCUACACGCACUGGCGACAGCCUUCAGGUUUCUUAGAACCAAUGUCUACAAUGAGGCACGAGGCACCGUAUGACUCAUACUUCUGUGAUGUACAGUAACUGGUUGCUAGUGAUUGAUGGGCUGCUUUCUCGGGAACGUCCAGCCCACAGACAUGUCUGCCUCCGCUGUGCGCAGGAACGCGUAUUAUUCAGCGCUGGCAUUUACAUAUUCAUGGGGAAUUCACCACAACCUUUCAUUUUCUUAUUAAAUGCUGUAUAUAAAUGACUUCUGAGCCUGUCAGAUUUUCUUAUAUUGGGGUUAGAAGUGGGAUUAAUGGUACUGUUUGAAAAUAGGGAUCAUCUGGUGAUUUUUUUGUACUGCACAAAGAUCAGGGAUAUCCUGGGCAAUACAGUUUAUAUGGAAACAAAAGGCAAAAUGCAAUGCAACUUUAUGUGUUAUUCAUUUCUGAUUAUAUCUGCAGUGUGUUGUUUUAUCUGCCAGACGUGUAUUCAUGAAUGUGAUACUAAUGCAAAAUACUGAAUAAAGAUUCCUGCUUUCUGA